GCUCGGUGACCCCGCUGGCCCGCUGCAGUACCGCGAGCGAUCCCCACCGGGAGCAGAAUUUCGCUCGGCCAAUGGAGGAGACGCAGAGUUGCAGACAGUCGCGGCGGCGCCGGUGCUACCCACCAUGGCAGGCACGAAAGACCCUCCUCCUGUGACCUCAUCUUCUUCUUCUUCCUCUUCCUGUUGCUUUGCUGCUGGUCUGAGUGGCGCCCGUUGAUGUGGAAGAGGGGGAAUUCGAGGCGCGGGGCGUCGUUGACGUCCACAGGCCGCGCACGCUGGCCCGCCGCCGCUCGCACCAAGCUUUUUGAUGCCGCGGCUCGCGUCGACCUUUCGAGCUCCGCGCCGUCGAGGUCUUCUUCGAGCUCCAGGACCUUGCCGAGCCACGCCACCGCCUAGCUCGGCCAGACCUGGCGCCUCCUCGAGCUCUGCCGAUCGAUGCUGCCGGUGACCACCCCGUGCAAAUCCGACCCUCCGGAGCUCAGGGAAGGAGAAUGUGAGGGAUUGUCUGCCGAUGCUUUUAGCGUGGGAAGAAGGUGAAGAGCUGCAAGAUUUUCACACUAAUAGCUCCAACUGUGACGGAAUGUUAUUUUCAGAUAAUGUGAGAAUUAGGAUUUCGUGUUGGAUUCAAGUUCGACUACUGUUCUUCGUAUCAUCCCGACCCACCCCCCGUCGAUUCUAGAGGUGACGAGAGGAUUCCCGUUCCGCCUAAACCGAAGAGGAGUCCGGCGCCGGCGAGUUGACAGAUUAGGAGAAGAACAAAAGCCACGGUGAGCUCGCACCGACAGGAGGACUCCGGGGGUGGCCAUUGAGAAGAAACCAAAGCCGCCGGACGUGGAUAGGUUGGCGGACGGGGCCUUGGAGUAUGGCGGCAAGCGAUGGCAGUACGGGGCCGGUGCCUAAUGAGAGGGAGAAGACUCAGGCGGCGGCGACGGAAUUGGUGGGCGGGAGCAACACAGGCACCGAGGAGAAGCAGCAGAGGAACACGCUGGCAGCCGCAGCAGGAGAGGGCUUCAGUUCCUUACCUGCUGCACCCAUUACCAGCACCCCGCCGCUACCUCCUCGCUGCCAGCCACUCCCCUCGUCUGGCAAGCGGAGGAGGAUCUCCAAGGUUGCUGCAAAAGAUCCUCGUAGAAAUCUUCCUACUGUGGUGAAGCCCAAAGACCCAUAUACUGCCGAGAGUGUCUCCAGCCCAAGAGAAAAGGCACUUAUCCGGGAAGCGGCACGCUCAGUCGUUAGCGUCUCCGCCAUUGCACACGAUGGGAAGUUCAUUAACCAAUGCACUGGCAUCUGCAUCGGUUGGAAGGAGACCAAGAAGUGUGCUAGAAUAUUAACUAGUUCUGGAGUUGUAUGUACACUUGAUCCCAAAUUUAAGCUACACAUUUGCUUGCCAAAUAGGGCCGCCGUAGAGGGAUAACUCUUGUUCUUCAAUCAGCAUUAUGAUAUUGCUUUAUUGGAGAUCUCGUCCUAGUCAGACUUACCUUUGCAGACCCCCUCUUUUGGAUCUAACCCAAACUACGGUCAGGAGGUUUUCAUGUUGGGUAGGGGCGAAGAGUCUAAUCUGGUGGCUAGGCAUGGGAAAAUCUUGUGGUUUGAAGACCCAGAUGAUUUAGUGUGCAACUACCACAUGUUUCUUAACUGUGAACCUCCUAAGGGUGGCACUGGAGGACCGGUGAUUGACAAUGAUGGCAAUGUCGCUGGGAUGGCAUUUGAUAAUGGUGGCCCAAAUCUUAGUAUUCUUUCCAUCUCCACCAUCCUUACAUACAUUGAAAUGUGGAUGAAGUUCAGUUGUAUUGCUCGCCCUGUACAUGGUUUGAGCUUGAGAACAGUGGAGCUGCUGGACGUGUCACUCCAGGAGGUGAUCUCUCUUGAUCACAACAUCAACAAUGGGUACAUUGUAGACAGGGUAGAUAUUGGUUCUACUGCUGAGAAGCUUGGCAUUAGAUAUGGAGAUGUGAUUGUCUCGUUUGACGGGCUGCGUGUCCAAACUCUACCUCAGUUGGAAGAUUAUCUUCUUUCACUUGGUUGGGGAUUCUUGCAAGGAAACACUGAUUCAAGCUCCACCGUGGAUCUCAAGAUGCGCAGGGGGUGCUGGGAGUAGAGGGAUUAGGGAGAAAUAAUGGGCGGAAUCGGCAUACAAGCACCGGAUCUGCCCGUUUUGCCGGUCUUCAUGGCGGCGGAGUGCUCCGGCGUGCCGGAAGCCCAGAAUAGAAGGGGCGGUGGCACAUGGUUGCUGGCCUAAGCGGCGGCUUUGUUUCAACGAAGAAGAGGAGAACGACGAGCGGAGGUGGAUGAUGGAAACAUAAGCGAACCGUACGGGGAAUGUGCGCAAACAAUGGCACUCUACGUAGAUGUUUGAAACAUGAUUUUUUUAACACAUCUUCAUGAACUCCACAAAAUCCUUGAAAUUGAUCCUCCGAUCCAUGUUUUUUCGAAGCUGAGGUGUUUGGGAAGAUUUGAGAGUGGAGCAGUCCCAAAUAAGUCCUUAUUUCCGAGUUGCUAUGAGUACACACAAGUGUGCGUGUUUUCGCGCAACGAGGGUAGUAGUCUCUCCAAUCUCUUCUCUAAUAUGUGUAUAGACACGCACACAUGUGUACGUGUAGUUAUGUGCAUCCUAUGUGUACCUUAAAAGGACUUAGCCCGUAGAUGCUCAAUGAGAUUCGUUUUGCUGGAAAAUUGUUGCCAAGUAUCAUACAUCAUCACCAACAAACUAGAGAUUUUCAAUGUAAAACAUAAGGUUCAGAAUCA